ACGCUGUCGCGGCGUCCGGCUUUAACCAGACAGAGCAGUCUGGCGUCACAUAUAAACCUCGCUGUCUGUCGUCACCAGGCUCUCCGGGACAUCACCUCUAAUGUAGACUUUUUUUCAUUUUCUUAUCGUUCUCCGUAACCUAAGCAACUCAUGUAGACAACAAUUUCGGGGCUCAUUCAAGAGUGUGCUUGCUGCUUGGGCGGAUUGGAAAUGAGCCAGAUUCGAGCACUCGCUGGGAUCCUGAGGGGUCACAGUCUGUGGCGGCUGAGGCCCCCCGUGGCAGGGACGGACAGGGGCCCCUCUGACCCCCGCCACCACCGCCGCUGCUCCUCCAGGGUCCCCGAGCCCUCUCUCGCCAACUGCAGCUCCAGCUAUGUGGAGGAGAUGUACUACGCCUGGCUAGAAAACCCAAAAAACGUGCAUGUGUCCUGGGACGUCUUUUUCCGGAAUGCUCAAGCCAGUGCUCCGUCUGGAGACGUACCUGAGACCCGGCCCUCCAGCCUGCUCCAGGGCCGGGCCUUGUCCCAGACACCUGCCCUGGCCCAGAAGGUGGUGGAGGAUCACCUGGCUGUGCACACACUCAUCAGGGCCUAUCAGGUUCGUGGACACCAUGUGGCUCAGUUGGACCCUCUUGGAAUUCUGGAUGCCGAUCUAGAUUGUUUUGUUCCUUCAGAUUUAAUUACCAGCAUUGACAAGCUGGCACUCUAUGGGCUGCUGGAGUCAGAUCUGGACAAGACCUUCCAGCUGCCUGCGACUACUUUCAUCGGAGGGAGUGACCCCACACUGCCACUCAGGGAGAUCAUCCGGAGGCUAGAGAUGAGCUACUGUGGUCACAUCGGUGUGGAAUUCAUGUUCAUCAACAACUUGGAGCAGUGCCAGUGGAUCAGGCGGAAGUUUGAGACUCCAGGGAUCAUGAGGUUCACUAAUGAGGAGAAGAGAACGCUGCUGGCCCGGCUGGUGCGGUCCACACGGUUUGAAGAUUUCUUGGCCAGGAAGUGGUCCUCAGAGAAGCGGUUUGGGCUGGAAGGCUGUGAGGUCCUGAUACCGGCCUUGAAGAUGAUCAUCGACAAGUCGAGCGAGGCCGGCAUUGACAGCGUCAUCAUGGGCAUGCCCCACCGGGGCCGACUGAACGUCCUGGCCAACGUUGUGCGGAAAGACCUAGAUCAAAUCUUCUGCCAGUUUGAUCCAAAGCUGGAGGCUGCAGAUGAGGGCUCAGGGGAUGUGAAGUAUCAUCUGGGAAUGUAUCACGAGCGAAUCAACCGCGUGACAGACAAGAACAUAACCCUGUCACUCAUGGCAAACCCCUCCCACCUGGAGGCGGUGGACCCAGUGGUGCAGGGCAAGGCCAAGGCAGUGCAGUUCUACAGAGGCGACACUGAGGGAAAGAAGGUGAUGUGCAUCCUCAUACACGGAGAUGCGGCGUUUGCGGGACAGGGGGUGGUCUAUGAGACCUUUCACCUCAGCGAACUGCCCUCCUACACCACCCACGGCACCAUCCAUGUGGUUGUGAACAACCAGAUCGGGUUCACCACGGACCCGCGAGUGGCCCGGUCCUCUCCGUACCCCACGGACGUGGCGCGGGUCGUCAACGCGCCCAUCUUCCACGUGAACGCGGACGACCCCGAGGCCGUGAUGUACGUGUGCAAGGUGGCCACGGAGUGGAGGAGCGCGUUCAACAAGGACGUGGUGAUCGACCUGGUGUGUUACCGGCGUUUCGGGCACAACGAGAUGGACGAGCCCAUGUUCACGCAGCCGCUGAUGUACAAGCAGAUCCGGCGGCAGGAGCACGUGCUGAGGAAGUACUCAGAGAAGCUGAUCGCCGAGGGCGUGGUCACCCUGCAGGAGUUUGAGGAAGAAAUAGCCAAAUAUGAUAAAAUCUGUGAAGAGGCAUAUACAAGCUCAAAAGAUGAGAAGAUCUUACACAUCCGCCACUGGCUGGACUCACCUUGGCCAGAUUUCUUCACAGCUGAAGGAGAGCCUAAGAGCAUGACCUGCCCUUCCACAGGAUUAGAGGAAGAGACUCUACUGCACAUUGGCCAAACAGCCAGCUCUGUACCUGUACAGGACUUUACUGUACACCCAGGCGUGUUGCGUAUCCUCCGAGGCCGGGCGGACAUGACCCGGAAGCGGCUGGUGGACUGGGCUCUGGGGGAGUACAUGGCGUUCGGGUCCCUGCUGAAGGACGGGAUUCACGUGCGGCUCAGCGGACAGGACGUGGAGCGUGGGACUUUCAGCCACCGCCAUCAUGUUCUCCAUGACCAGGAAGUGGAUAAGAGGUUCUGUGUUCCUAUGAACCACCUGUGGGAAAGCCAGGCCCCGUACACUGUGUGCAACAGCUCGCUGUCUGAGUACGGUGUCUUAGGCUUUGAGCUGGGUUUUGCCAUGGCGAGCCCUAACGCUCUGGUGUGCUGGGAGGCCCAGUUUGGGGAUUUCCACAACACGGCCCAGUGCAUCAUAGACCAGUUCAUCGCUCCGGGCCAGGCCAAGUGGGUACGCAACAACGGCAUCGUCCUGCUGCUGCCCCACGGCAUGGAGGGAAUGGGUCCAGAGCACUCGUCAGCACGGCCUGAACGAUUCCUCCAGAUGAGUAAGGACGACUCGGAUCGCUAUCCUGAAUUCACUGGGGACUUUGAGGUCCAGCAGCUGUUUGACUGUAACUGGAUUGUGGUGAACUGCUCAACGCCGGCCAACUACUUCCACGUGCUGCGGAGACAGAUCUUACUCCCAUUCCGCAAGCCGUUAAUUAUCUUCACCCCAAAAUCCCUGCUGAGGCACCCAGAUGCCAGGUCUAGUUUUGAUGACAUGACAACAGGCACCAGGUUCCAGCGGAUCGUCGCAGAGGAGGGUCCUGCCAGCACCAGGCCCGAGGGGGUGAAACGGGUCAUAUUCUGCACGGGGAAGGUGUACUAUGAACUGGCUAAAGAGAGAAAGCAGCAGGACCUGGAAAAUGAUGUUGCUAUAAUCAGGCUAGAGCAGAUAUCACCAUUCCCCUUCGACCUGGUCAAAGCAGAGGUUGAAAAAUACGGCAAUGCUGAGCUGAUAUGGUGCCAGGAGGAGCACAAGAACAUGGGCUACUACGACUACAUCAGACCGCGCUUCCUCACGGUGCUCUCCGACCAUCGGCCAAUAUGGUAUGUUGGCCGUGAUCCAGCGGCUGCUCCAGCCACAGGGAAUAAAGUGACUCACCUGGCCGAGCUGAAGAGAUUCCUGGACACAGCCUUCAAUCUGCAGGCCUUUGAAGGGCGGAGCUUCUGAACCCCUACUGCAGUCCCAUGAUGCGGACGCACAACGCAGGCGCACAGCACAGGCGCACAGCACAGACGCAUGAGGCAUGACGCAGACGCACAAUG